CCGGCGAGCGGCCGCGGAGAGGGAGGCUGGUGGCAUGGGGGAGCCGCUGCCGCGGCGGCCACACGCACGGUUACCCCUAGCCGGCUCAGGCGCUGCUCCGGGCGCGGGGAGCUGCGGACGCCGAGGGGGUCGCCUCGGAGCGUGACCGGGCUCGGAGGGCGCGGCCAGGAGGGCUGCGCCAGGGGACGCGCGGCGGGGGAAGCCGGCAGCGGCGCUGGGAGCCUCGGGCGGACGGGCGGGCGGGGCGCCCAGGGCGCACCUGGCGGCGGCGCGGCCCGGCCGGACCUCGGGAGGUGGCGCGGCGGCGGCGGCGGCGGCGGCGAGGAUGUCGCAGCUGUCGCUGCUCCCCGCCUCGGCGGAGACUCGGAAGUUCACCCGGGCGCUGAGUAAGCCGGGCACCGCGGCCGAGCUGCGGCAGAGCGUGUCGGAGGUGGUGCGCGGCUCGGUGGUCCUGGCCAAGCCGAAGCUGAUUGAGCCCCUUGACUAUGAAAAUGUCAUCGUCCAGAAGAAGACACAGAUCCUGAACGAUUGUUUAAGGGAGAUGCUGCUCUUCCCUUAUGAUGACUUUCAGACCGCCAUCCUGAGACGCCAGGGUCGCUACAGGUGCUCCACGGUUCCUGCCCACGCACAGGAGGAAGCGCAGAGCUUGUUUGUUACAGAGUGCAUCAAAACCUAUAACUCUGACUGGCAUCUUGUGAACUAUAAAUAUGAAGAUUACUCAGGAGAGUUUCGACAGCUUCCAAACAAAGGGGCCAAGUUGGAUAAACUUCCAGUUCAUGUCUAUGAAGUCGAUGAGGAGGUUGACAAAGACGAGGAUGCUGCCUCCCUCGGCUCUCAGAAGGGCGGGAUCACCAAGCACGGGUGGCUGUACAAAGGCAACAUGAACAGUGCAAUAAGCGUGACCAUGAGGUCAUUUAAAAGACGGUUUUUCCACCUGAUUCAACUUGGUGAUGGAUCCUACAAUUUGAAUUUUUACAAAGAUGAAAAGAUCUCCAAAGAGCCAAAAGGAUCGAUAUUUUUGGAUUCCUGUAUGGGUGUGGUUCAGAACAACAAAGUCAGGCGUUUUGCUUUUGAGCUCAAGAUGCAAGACAAAAGUAGUUAUCUUUUGGCAGCAGACAGUGAAGUGGAAAUGGAAGAAUGGAUCACAAUUCUAAACAAGAUUCUCCAGCUCAACUUCGAAGCUGCGAUGCAAGAAAGGCGAAACGGGGACUCUCAUGAAGAUGAUGAACAAAGCAAAUUGGAAGGUUCUGGUUCCGGUCUAGAUAGCUACCUGCCUGAACUUGUCAAGAGUACCCGAGAAGCAGAAAUCAAACUGAAAAGUGAAAGCAGAGUUAAACUUUUUUACUUGGACCCGGAUGCCCAGAAGCUUGAUUUACCAUCAGCUGAGCCAGAAGUGAAGCCAUUUGAAGAGAAGUUUGGAAAAAGAAUUCUUGUCAAGUGCAAUGAUCUAUCUUUCAAUUUGCAAUGCUGUGUUGCCGAAAAUGAAGAAGGACCCACUACAAAUGUAGAGCCUUUCUUUGUUACGCUAUCCCUGUUUGACAUAAAGGACAACCGGAAGAUUUCUGCCGAUUUCCACGUGGACCUGAACCAUUUCUCCGUGAGGCAGAUGCUGGCCACCCCAUCCUCCGCUCUGAUGAAUGGCAGCGGGCAGAGCUCGCCCACCCUUCCGGACAUCCUCCAUGAAGCUGCCAUGCAGUAUCCAAAGCAGGGAAUAUUUUCGGUCACGUGUCCUCAUCCAGAUAUAUUUCUCGUGGCUAGAAUUGAAAAGGUCCUCCAGGGGAGCAUCACGCACGUCGCAGAGCCAUACAUGAAAAGUUCCGACUCUUCUAAGGUUGCUCAGAAGGUGCUGAAGAAUGCCAAGCAGGCAUGCCAAAGACUCGGGCAGUACAGGAUGCCAUUUGCUUGGGCAGCAAGGACGUUGUUUAGGGAUACAUCUGGAAACCUUGACAAGAAUGCCAGAUUCUCUGCUCUCUACAAGCAAGACAGCAAUAAGCUCUCCAAUGACGACAUGCUCAAGUUACUGGCGGACUUUCGGAAACCAGAGAAGAUGGCUAAGCUCCCAGUGAUAUUGGGCAAUCUAGACAUUACAAUCGAUAAUGUUUCCUCCGACUUUCCCAAUUAUGUCAAUUCAUCAUACAUUCCCACAAAACAAUUUGAAACCUGUACUAAAACUCCAAUCAUGUUUGAGGUAGAGGAAUUUGUGCCCUGCCUACCAAAGUACACUCAGCCGUACACCACCUAUAAUAACCACCUUUAUGUUUAUCCCAAGUACUUGAAAUAUGACAGUCAAAAGUCUUUUGCCAAGGCCAGAAAUAUUGCUAUUUGCAUUGAAUUCAAAGAUUCAGAUGAGGAAGACUCUCAGCCUUUGAAGUGCAUUUACGGCAGACCUGGUGGGCCGGUGUUCACAAGAAGCGCCUUUGCUGCAGUUUUACACCAUCAUCAAAACCCAGAAUUUUAUGAUGAGAUUAAAAUAGAGUUGCCCACCCAGCUACACGAAAAGCACCACUUGUUGUUCACAUUUUUCCAUGUCAGCUGUGAUAAUUCAAGCAAAGGAAGCACAAAGAAGAAGGAUGUUGUUGAAACACAAGUUGGAUAUUCCUGGCUUCCUCUUCUGAAAGAUGGAAGGGUGGUGACCAAUGAGCAGCACGUUCCUGUCUCAGCCAAUCUCCCAUCUGGCUACCUUGGCUACCAGGAGCUUGGGAUGGGCAGGCAUUGUGGUCCAGAAAUUAAAUGGGUGGAUGGAAGCAAGCCACUGCUGAAAGUUUCAACUCAUCUGGUUUCUACGGUGUAUACUCAGGAUCAGCAUUUGCAUAAUUUUUUCCAGUACUGUCAGAAAACUGAAUCUGGAGCCCAAGCUCUAGGGAAUGAACUUGUGAAGUACCUUAAGAGCCUGCACGCAAUGGAAGGCCACGUGAUGAUUGCCUUCUUGCCCACCAUCCUAAACCAGCUGUUUCGUGUCCUCACCAGAGCAACUCAUGAGGAAGUCGCCGUCAACGUGACACGGGUCAUUAUUCAUGUGGUUGCCCAGUGCCAUGAGGAAGAAUUGGAGAGCCACUUGAGGUCAUAUGUUAAGUACGCGUACAAGGCUGAGCCGUAUAUUGCUGCCGAAUAUAAGACAGUGCAUGAAGAACUGGCCAAAUCCAUGACGGCAAUUCUCAAGCCUUCUGCUGAUUUUCUCACCAGCAACAAACUACUUAAGUACUCGUGGUUUUUCUUCGAUGUUUUGAUAAAAUCCAUGGCUCAGCACUUGAUAGAGAACUCCAAGGUUAAGGUAUUGCGAAACCAGAGAUUUCCUGCGUCCUAUCAUCAUGCAGUGGAAACAGUUGUGAAUAUGCUGAUGCCACACAUCACUCAGAAAUUUCGAGAUAACCCAGAAGCAUCCAAGAAUGCGAAUCAUAGCCUUGCUGUCUUCAUCAAGAGAUGUUUCACCUUCAUGGACCGGGGCUUCGUCUUUAAGCAGAUCAACAACUAUACCAGCUGCUUUGCUCCUGGAGACCCGAAGACCCUCUUUGAAUACAAGUUUGAAUUUCUCCGUGUGGUGUGCAAUCAUGAACACUAUAUUCCAUUGAAUUUACCGAUGCCCUUUGGAAAAGGCAGGAUUCAAAGAUACCAAGAUCUCCAGCUCGACUACUCACUAACCGAUGAGUUCUGCAGAAACCACUUCUUGGUGGGCCUGUUACUGAGGGAGGUGGGGACCGCCCUCCAGGAGUUCCGGGAGGUCCGGCUGAUCGCCAUCAGCGUGCUCAAGAACCUGCUGAUAAAGCAUUCGUUUGAUGACAGAUACGCUUCCAGGAGCCAUCAAGCGCGGAUAGCCACUCUCUACCUGCCUCUGUUCGGUCUGCUGAUUGAAAAUGUCCAGCGAAUCAACGUGAGAGAGGUGUCCCCGUUCCCCGUGAACCCCGGCAGUACUGUGAAAGAGGAGUCCCUCACUUUGCCCGCUGGGAACCCGUUGGUGACACCACAGAAGUCUGGAAACACCUUGGACAACAACCUGCACAAAGAUCUCUUUGGCGCCAUCUCUGGCAUCGCUUCUCCGUAUACAACUUCAACUCCAAACAUCAACAGUGUGAGAAAUGCUGAUUCGAGAGGAUCCCUCAUAAGCACUGAUUCAGGGAACAGCUUUCCUGAAAGGAAUACUGAGAAAAGCAAUUCCCUGGAUAAGCACCAACAAAGUGGCACUUUGGGAAAUGCCGUGGUUCGCUGUGACAAACUGGACCAGUCCGAGAUUAAGAGCCUGCUGAUGUGUUUCCUCUACAUCUUGAAAAGCAUGUCUGAUGACGCUUUGUUUACGUAUUGGAACAAGGCUUCAACAUCUGAACUUAUGGACUUUUUUACAAUAUCUGAAGUCUGCUUGCACCAGUUCCAGUACAUGGGGAAGCGGUAUAUAGCCAGAACAGGAAUGAUGCAUGCCAGAUUGCAGCAGCUGGGCAGCCUGGAUAACUCUCUCACUUUUAACCACAGCUACGGCCAUUCGGACGCAGACGUUCUUCACCAGUCGUUACUUGAAGCCAACAUUGCCACUGAGGUGUGCCUCACGACUCUGGACACUCUCUCUCUGUUUACACUGGCAUUUAAGAACCAGCUCCUGGCUGACCAUGGGCAUAAUCCUCUCAUGAAAAAAGUUUUUGACGUCUACCUGUGCUUUCUUCAAAAACAUCAGUCUGAAACGGCUUUAAAAAAUGUCUUCACUGCCUUGAGGUCGCUAAUUUAUAAGUUUCCCUCAACGUUCUACGAAGGGAGAGCUGACAUGUGUGCUGCUCUGUGCUACGAGAUCCUGAAGUUCUGCAACUCCAAGCUGAGCUCCAUCAGAACCGAGGCCUCCCAGCUGCUCUACUUCCUGAUGAGGAACAACUUCGACUACACUGGGAAGAAGUCCUUUGUCCGGACGCAUUUGCAAGUCAUUAUUUCCGUCAGCCAGCUGAUAGCAGAUGUUGUGGGGAUCGGGGGAACCAGAUUUCAGCAGUCCUUGUCUAUCAUCAACAACUGUGCCAACAGCGACAGGCUCAUCAAGCACACCACCUUCUCCUCGGACGUGAAGGACUUGACCAAAAGGAUACGCACGGUCCUGAUGGCCACGGCCCAGAUGAAGGAGCACGAGAACGACCCUGAGAUGCUGGUGGACCUCCAGUACAGUCUGGCCAAGUCCUACGCCAGCACCCCUGAGCUCCGGAAGACGUGGCUGGACAGCAUGGCCAGGAUCCACGUCAAAAACGGGGAUCUCUCCGAGGCGGCAAUGUGCUACGUCCAUGUCACAGCCCUGGUGGCAGAAUAUCUCACACGAAAAGAAGCAGACAUAGCCCUCCGACGGGAGCCAACCCUCUCCCCCUACAGCUACAGCACCUGCCAGAGGAGGCGCCAGGCAGGCAUGUUUAGACAGGGAUGCACAGCCUUCAGGGUGAUCACCCCAAACAUAGAGGAGGAGGCCUCCAUGAUGGAAGACGUCGGCAUGCAGGAUGUCCAUUUCAACGAGGAUGUGCUCAUGGAGCUCCUUGAACAGUGUGCUGAUGGACUCUGGAAGGCCGAACGCUACGAGCUGAUUGCUGACAUCUAUAAACUCAUCAUCCCCAUUUAUGAGAAGCGGAGAGAUUUUGAGAGGCUAGCCCAUCUGUACGAUACUCUCCACCGGGCCUACAGCAAGGUGACCGAGGUCAUGCACUCGGGCCGCAGGCUCCUGGGCACCUACUUCCGAGUGGCCUUCUUCGGGCAGCAAUACCAGUUUACAGACAGUGAAACAGAUGUGGAGGGAUUCUUUGAAGAUGAAGACGGGAAGGAGUAUAUUUACAAAGAACCCAAACUCACACCUCUGUCCGAAAUUUCUCAGAGACUCCUUAAACUUUACUCAGAUAAAUUUGGUUCUGAAAAUGUCAAAAUGAUACAGGAUUCUGGAAAGGUCAACCCUAAGGAUCUGGAUUCCAAGUAUGCGUAUAUCCAGGUGACUCACGUCACCCCAUUCUUUGAUGAAAAAGAAUUGCAAGAAAGGAAAACGGAGUUUGAGAGAUCUCAUAACAUUCGCCGCUUCAUGUUUGAGAUGCCCUUCACUCAGGCCGGGAAGAGGCAGGGUGGGGUCGAGGAGCAGUGCAAGCGGCGCACCGUAUUGACAGCGAUACACUGCUUCCCUUACGUGAAGAAGCGGAUCCCUGUCAUGUACCAGCACCACACCGACCUGAACCCCAUCGAAGUGGCCAUUGACGAGAUGAGUAAGAAGGUGGCUGAGCUGCGGCAGCUGUGCUCCUCGGCUGAAGUGGACAUGAUCAAACUCCAGCUGAAACUCCAGGGCAGCGUGAGUGUUCAGGUCAAUGCUGGUCCACUGGCAUAUGCCCGAGCUUUCUUAGAUGACACAAACACAAAAAGAUAUCCGGACAAUAAAGUGAAGUUGCUUAAAGAAGUUUUCAGGCAAUUUGUGGAAGCUUGCGGUCAAGCCUUAGUGGUAAAUGAACGUCUGAUUAAGGAAGACCAGUUAGAGUAUCAGGAAGAAAUGAAGGCCAACUAUAGGGAAAUGGCAAAAGAGCUUUCUGAAAUCAUGCAUGAGCAGAUUUGCCCCCUGGAGGAGAAGACGAGUGUUUUACCGAAUUCCCUUCACAUCUUCAAUGCCAUCAGUGGGACUCCAACAAGCACCAUGGUUCACGGGAUGACCAGCUCGUCCUCGGUUCUGUGAUCCGCCUCAUGGACCGCGUGUGGGGACUUGCUUUGUCAUUUGCAAACUCAGGAUGAUUUCCAAAGCUAAUCACUGGGCUCGUGCAGGACACGGGGAGACCGAGCACAAGGAGAAAUCAGGGGAACGGGAGAGGGAGGGAACAGGGAACUGUUCUUUCAUAGCAGAUUUUCUAGAGGAGUCAGGAGAGGGCACAUAUUUUUUUUAAGUCUCUCUGGCAAUAUUCCAAGUUUUCAUUAUGUCUUAACAGAGGCGUGUGGUGGACCCUCAUAAACUGAAGCUAGAUUGUAUUCUUUCUUACAAAGUAGUAUUAAGAUAAAUGGCCUAGAGAAAACAAGUGUUCUGGAAUGAACAUAGCAGGGACAGUAGCACUGAAAUUGAGGCUGAGGUAACCCUUUGCCUCUAGACUAAGCUGGGAAAUCUUGAAAAUAUUUUUUUCCUGUGGCACAUUCAGGUUGAAUACGAGAACUAUUUUUGUGACUAGUUUUUGAUGACUUGAGGGAUCUGACCGCUGUAAUUUUUGUACCAGUGAACCAGGAGGUUUAGUGCUUUUAUACUUACUUACUUGCGUCUAAAAAAACAGAAACGCUUAAGAAACUAUGUGAGCUUCAAACUAGUCAAGCAGUUUAGAACCAAAGGCCUCUAUUAAUAAACACAACUAUGCUAAAAGGUUUAAAGUAAUGCAGUGUAUUGUCAUGUACAUAAACUUUGUUAAUACAGUCUCGGCGUUCUGUACAUACGUGUGUUACGUUUCUACAUUUUUAAUACUCCUCACAUGAGCUUCUGCAUUAAAUUUAAUUGUGAUAGAUUUGUGCUGUUCUUAGUAUAUGCAAGACACUUGACUUUACUGUUUUAUUCUUGUACAUAAAAAAGUGCAAUAUGGAGAUGUAUACAGUCUUUGCUAUGUUAGGUUUUUAAACUGUUUUGAAAAGUUCAUCCUUUUGCCAAAGUGGUGGAGUCUGUCAUUGGUAAAUCAUAAAUCCUGUGGUGAACAGUGGUGUGAUUUAAAGCUUUCACCAUGUUAUAUUUUCUUUUGAGACAUUAAUUUAGUAAUUUUAUAUUGGGGAAAAUAAAGGUUUUUAAUUUUAUUUAACUGGAAUCUCUGCCCUGCUGUAAUUAAACAUUCUGUACCACAUCUGUAUUAAAAAUAUGCUGAUUUUCUGGUAGUGGA